AUGGCGUGCGAGAAUUUAUGUUUCAAAUGGACUGUCAACCUUUAUGAAUGGUCUCAGUUCGUAAAUCCAGGAUGUUCUGCAGAAAUUAGAAGUCCGAGUUAUUCUUGUAACUGUAGUUCUUCAAAAUGGUAUUUACAUUUCUCUGCUUAUGACAGCGAGAGAAUUUUAAACCUUUAUAGGGUAGCGUCGGAUGAAAAACUUGAAGUCAAGGGAAAGGUUAACUACGUUGCAAUUCCUGGUAGACUUCUCAGUCAUAAUUUGGAUUGUGUUAUGCAUAGUGGUACGGAAUACGUAAAUAUAUUUAAUACAAACAAUAAUUUUUUACUGAAACACGAAGUAACGUUGAUGUGUGAUAUAUAUGUUAGAAAAUUAGUGGAAACUUGUGAAAAAUCGGUUCAGACUCUCAUUAAAUUUCCGAAGGAUGAAAAAUCUAUUCAAAUACCCACGACGUCCACUAAGCUAAAGCGUGAUAUGCGUGACCUAUGUCAGAAAUGCCACCAAUCUGACUUUGUUCUUGUCAGCGGAGAUGUAGAAAUUCCUGUUCACAAAUGCAUUCUUUUUGCCAGAUCUCCAGUGUUUGCUCAAAUGUUUCAGCAUGCCAUGACUGAAAAUACUGAGAACAGAAUGGUCAUCACUGAUGUCCAACACGAUGUAUUGGAGGAGGUGGUGCAAUUUAUGUACUGUGGUGAGAUAAGUCCUGGCGCUUAUGCGAUGGCUUCUGACCUGUAUUAUACGGCCGACAAGUACUCCAUUUGGGAUCUUAAAGAUAUAUGUCGGGAAUAUAUUAUUUCUUCUAUCUCCAUUUCAACAGUUAUUGAGACAUUAAUUUUAGCCGAUAGGCAUCAAGAUAAUGAACUACGUCAACAUACCAUGAAUUUUGUUGCUUCCAUGUUUAAGCACAUAAAAUCUACCGAAGCAUGGGUUACCUUUAAGAAAGAUAACGUGCGCCUGGCAAAUGAAAUUAUGUCAUUUGUGUUAGACCAGAUAUAUUCUGAAGAAUCUUAG